GUACACCCAUCCAAUUGAGUGUCUACGUCUAGUGCUUUGCUUGGGGGAGGUUGAAAGUUUACAUCCGGCUCACCUUUUUGGUACCUAGAUAUCUUGACGGACAACAGGUACAAAUAGAGGCACCAUCCAUAACUGCUUCUCUCCGAUUCUCUGAUCUUCCUGCAACAGUUCUCAGAUUCCAGUCUCUCAAGUUUGCAACCAUGAGUUCAAAGAACGUAAUCUUCAAGAAGAUGUCCAAGGACAAAUCGGUUGGAGUUUACAUGGGGAAAAGGGACUUUGUUGAUCGAGUGGACUCUGUAGACCCAGUGGAUGGCGUCCUUCUGGUGGACCCUGAAGCCCUCCAAGGCAGAAAAGCUUUUGUCACCCUGUCCUGCAUAUUCCGUUACGGGCGGGACGAUGCAGAUGUGAUGGGGAUAGCCUUCCGUAGAGAGAUCUACAUGUCCACCCGUCAGGUCUAUCCACCCUUACAGGACAAAGAGCAAGGGGUGCACACCAAGACCCAGGGAAAAAUGUUGCGUAAACUGGGAGAAAAUGCUUUCCCUUUUUUCUUUGAGUUUCCUGAUAACCUGCCUUGCUCUGUGGGUCUCCAGCCAGGUCCUAAUGAUGCUGGGAAGCAAUGUGCGGUGGAGUUUGAGGUGAGAGCUUUCAGCGCUGAGAGCCAGGUCGCCAAGGUGCGCAAAAGGAGCACGGUGAGUCUGCUCAUCCGGAAGGUUCAGUAUGCAUCGGAGAUGGGCGGAGACGCCCCCUUGGCCAAGACCACGCGUGACUUUGUCAUGUCAGACAAGCCCCUGCACCUUGAGGCCAGUUUGGAGAAGGGGACAUACUAUCAUGGAGAGCCAAUCUCUGUUAACGUCAAUGUCACAAACAGCUCAAACAAGACUGUGAAGGACAUUAUUGUGUCAGUGGAUCAGGUGGCCAAUGUGGUCCUAUAUUCCAAUGACAGCUACGUUAAGGUGGUGGCCUUAGUGGAGUCUGGUGAUUCUGUGUCUGCUGGUGCAAGCCUGCAGAAGAAGUACACUCUGGUUCCUCUGUUGAGCUACAACCGGCAGAGGAACGGAAUAGCUCUUGAUGGGAAGCUGAAGCAUGAAGACACAAAUCUGGCUUCAACAACCUUGAUUAAAGAAGGUGUACUGAAAGAGGUUAUGGGGAUCUUGGUGUCGUACCGAGUCAUGGUCAAGCUCAUCAUUGGCGGGAUGAUGGGCUCAAGUGAGGUGGGAGUUGAGAUACCGUUCCAACUAAUGCAUCCUAAACCUGAUCUCGUGAGAGAAAGUGAGCUGGAAGAGGAGCUGGUGUUUGAAGAGUUCAAGCGCUCCUACCUAAAAGGGAUGGCAGACAACGAAGAGGAAGGCAAUGUGUCAGGGGGCGAGGCUGCUACCUGAGGAAAGUUCCCUUUCUGUACCAGCACCCCCCUGUGGCCUACACCUAUUGGGGGCUCAGCAAGAAGACAGUAUUGAGUAGAAAGUAAUGACAGUUGUCCAAACAACAGUGGCUAGUUAUUUCAGGCGCUUGUGUGGUAGAGAGUUAAUUGAGUAUGAGUUUAUGUAAUUUGACUAUCUAUAGACUGUCUGCUUAGGUAUCUGUUCUUACUGAUGAACGUAACUACUAGAAUUAUAUUAUUAUUAAUCCCUCUGAAGGACACUCACACACAGUACAAUGGACAUUCUGAAACAUUAAAAGCCUCACUCUCUCUCUGUUA